GGGCAGCUGCAGGUAAUCGCGGUGUAGAUUCCCCGUUCAUCUACUCCGUAGAGCAUAAUACUCCACGAAUCUAUCAUUAAAUUGACCACCAGCCGGGUGUAUAUGGAAGAGGAAACCAUCUCGGUGAGUCUUUCGUUUGCAUCUGCGGUUGCGGAUGAUCGCCUCUGGGCAGUGGUUCAGUUCUUUCUUGUUGGUACACUUCUGUUCCUGGAUGCCGGUGGCAUCGCGCUGUCGCUUGAUCUUGGUGGUCUCUUGUGUCAGGUUCGUUUAUGUCUAUCGCGGAUCCUGUAACUUUACCUGUGGGG